UGCUCUGCCUUGCUGUUGCUGCCACCCGGGCCCACUUGGCGCUGGACGCAGUGGAGCAGGUUUAUAAAGAUGGAGACGGCGGGCCCUGGCGCGGGGGAGCGGGCGCCGGGGCUGGAGCGCCCGGCGCCCGCCGAAGACCCCCUGUUCCUGGUCAAAGGUGGACUUUUCCUCGGUACCGUCGCUGCAGCGGGCAUGCUGGCCGGAUUUGGCACAACAUUAUCACUGGCUAAAAAGAAAAGCCCUGAAUGGUUCAAUAAGGGAAGUAUGGCCACAGCAGCCUUGCCGGAGAGUGGGUCUUCCCUUGCCCUGCGAGCCCUGGGUUGGGGCUCACUGUAUGCCUGGUGUGGGGUUGGUGUGAUCAGCUUUGCCAUCUGGAAGGCUCUGGGAGUUCACAGUAUGAAAGACUUUCGAAAUAAGAUGCAGUCAAUAUUUCCAGCAAUUCCCAAGAACUCCGACUCGGCUGUUGAGUGGGAAGAAGUAUUGAAAUCCAAAUGAGAGGGCGCGGUGCGUGAACGGCCCUCACGGACAGCCGUGGCUGCGGGACGCCCCCAGAGCAAAGGGACUGCUUGAUUUCUCCUCGGGGACCCUGCAGACUGCUGACUGAGCACUCGGGGCCGAGGCCUCAGUGCCCUCUGGAGGGGGAGGGAAAGGGGUUCCACCCCUCUCUGCUUUAAAAUGCAUGUGAGCACGUGUACACGUGUACAUGCGUGUACAAAGUUGGGGGGAGGGUGAAGUUUUCCCAAAGUUAGGAAAACUAUUUAGAAAUAAUUACACUUCUCUAUGCAAAGGAGAUCCCAGUGAUUAUAAAGUUGAUUAUGAUGAUAAAGUUUAUGAUUAUAAAGUUGAAACCAAGUUUUAUAUCUGAAACCAGUGACGAGGGUAACUUGAAGGCAGAGUCAGCCUGAGAUACUAGUUAUGGUUUCAUGGGAAUAAAAGCCCUUGUUGGAGAAGUCAGGCCGGCAUCUGCUCGGGGAUCAACAGGGGUGGUUUUGUCGCAGUUGUCAUUGUGAAAAUAGCUCAAUUAUCACCUAUUUGAACAGAAAGUUCCCUGAGUAUUGAAUCUCAAUAGUGAGUUGUAGGGGCAGGAUGACACAGGGCAGGUUUCCUAGGAUCCCAGCAGACCAGACCACGUAAAGGAGGGGUCCUGGAGUCCUCGGUGGCUUUUUAGGCUUUUAUUGGGAUUUAUCAGGUAGAUGGCAGGCAGGAGGCUGGCAGGCCUCCCGGCCCCCAGCAAGUCUUCACUCUUUCUGGGCUCUCCGGCCUUCUCUCUCGUUCUCUCUGCUUCUCUGCUCUCCCAUUGGUUCUUCUGCUGGCGUUCCCGUGACACCGCCCUUAUAAGCCUAGUCUUAGCCCAGGUGUGCCCACUUACGCAUGCCCACACCCUCCUCCAGGUGCCCGCCAUCAGGCAUGCAUUCAGGACCACAGGGAUCCAUCAUCAAUCCUAAUGGCGGGAGGGCAGAAAAGCCUGAUGCUUUUUCACUUACCCUACAUAAGUAUUUAGCAGCACCUCCCUGAGGAACCUGCUACAGGUAAAUCCUGACACAUGCACGCAGCCCUUUCCUGCCUCCGUGAUACCUUACAGAAAACUGAAUAAUGUCGACAUGCAAUUAUUUUUACGGGAGAUUAAAAUUUUUGGAAAGAGAGAAAUAUUUUAAUAUGUUAAUAUGCCCAGAAGAAUAACCUCUGGUUAUUUUAAUAUCAGUUGUGCAAUUUCUUUAUAAUUGCUUAGCCUCUAAUUAGCAAUCAAGUUUAAUAUAAUGCAUUUGAAAAUUUAUGUGUUAUAAUGAAACCUUUUAGUUCUAAAGAAACUUUUAAAAUGAAAUGUCAAGUGCCUAAUGUAACAUCUUUCUCUGGACUAUGUUACCCUUUGAAAAUUGCUGUAUUGUUAAUUAAACAGGUGUAAUCAGUGUCUAGGAUCCAUAUGUAACCUGUUCAAAAUCCAAGACUAAAAGGAAAGGCUUGCAUGUAGAGCAGCAAAAACUCUUCACCCAGCUUUCAUUUUUAACGAAAUCUCCACUAAGAAAAUAUUUCUAACCUUUGAAGGAAGUGAAGGCAAGACAGGAGCCAAAUUGAACAGAUUUCUGUCCUUAUUAUUCUGAGUCUAAUUAUUCUAUGUUCCCCUUGAUAGCGGAAUGGGAACCACUGAAAACUGUUUAAAACCAGAAUGUAGAGUUUGAUUAUCCCAGACAAGUUAGAAAUUCUCAUUUUCUCUGAUCCCCUAGAGAUCUUUUAAAAAUCAAUAGGUAUUCUAUAUCUAAAACAAAUAAAAGGGGAAAUCAUGAUUGGUUUAAUAGGUUCCUGCUGGUAAGCUGCAAGUGCAGCAAGGCCUCCCUCAGGGCCCAGGAGCUGGUGACGCCCGCCCCCCAUCCCAGGGUGGUGAGGGGGGGGGCCUGGCUCGAGGAAGUCUGCAGGGAGGCAGUCUGGUCCUUACCUGUGUGGCAUGGCCUCUGCUUGCAAAACCCUUUCCCUGAGGGGCGGCCCAGUGACUCCCUGCAGGGUGUGCAGAGGGCAGGCUGAUGGGGACAGGUUCUCCAGAACAGGCACCCAGCACAGGCUCCAGCCGCCUUUUGAAAGCAAAUACAAUGCAACAAUGAGGAAAAUUUAAAGGAAAACAAGCAAUAUGACAUCAGUGGUAUAUAUUUUUUUUUUUUUUUUACAGUCACAACUCAGAUAUCAGAAGAUUUAGUCAUUUGUCUACUCCUUUUAUACCAGGGGCAUAUUGUUAAAUUGGUUAAUGGAAAGGAAAAAUGUUUAACAGAUAAUGUUAUUCUUUAUGUGAAGUACCAUCUGUGUAUUGAAUUCUGAAGGUUCCUGGAUAUGGAAGAGAGGAAAUGUUAUGGAAUUUCAAGUUUGCCUUCUUUGCCGUCUUUAUCUCGGGUAGAGUGUGACAAACAUAAUCACAUUUAUCUCCUGGAGCAUAAAGAGUUUUAAUCACCCUAUUAACCAGGAUGACAUUUUUCACAGACUUAAAAAGGAAUAGAACAGACAUUAUCUCCCCAUAAGCAAUCCAUUUCAUGGAGGCUGAGCACUAGAAAUUUUUUAAAGGAUGGAUAAUACAAUUUCCAUUUCGUGGGUAAGCCAACAUUACGGCGGCUUGCGGUGAGAAUGUUCCUUGCACAGGCUGAGCGUUCAACUUCGCAUUUAGCAUCUCAGAGGCCCCAAAGAGCUAGUAGAGAAAGCAAUAUUGAGGGAACGUGGUGCGCAGGGAGGGGCGCCGCUCAAGCCUUGGGAUUCAUUCCAGGAAAAAAAAUAUGUAUUCUGCUAAGUUAUUGCUGCCUUGUAAAAAUGUAUCCACGGGAUGCUGUUAUUUUCAGUGGAGAAAUUGGGGUUUCUGAAUAACCUGGCAAUGAAAAAUAGGGCAUGGGAAACUGCCUCCAAGAUGCCCAAUGCCUGACUGGAUGAGAAGCAGGUGAGCGGGAGUCCAGCCCUGCAGAACCGAGCUCCGGGUGAGCGCCCCCUACAGGGCACUGACGGGGCUGCGCUCUCCACCUGCUCAGUGGAAGGGGGCACCUAUCCCCUCGCCUGGCACCGAUCCCCUCGCCUGGCACCUUCAGCUUCGUUGCAUGGAUAACAUGGGACUCAACUUGCAAAUUAAUCAUUGCAACCUAAGGGGGAGAUAUGUAAGAAAUCGGGCCGGGGGUGAGGAGCAGGGGGACAAAAGUGAUUGAAAUCCACCAAAUUGAGCUAUUUCACUUGGGACCAAGUUUAAUCUCUCCUAGGUUUGGGUUCAUGGAGAAUGUUGUAUACUUUUCAGCUCCUUUUUAUGUACCUUCCUUAAAAAGUGAAAGGAUUAAGCACGAAUGAACAUCAGGGAAGAAUACAAUUUUUUUUCUCCAAAUACAUUCUUAAAUGUCUCGUGAAAGGUAAUAUAAGACACACUUUUACAAACUUUUAUCAUGUUCCAGUGAGAUGUUUUCCUUUCUGCCAAGAGGCAGAAUGGUUUGUAUUUGAGUUUCCGUAUUGGUGUCAUCAGGAUUCAUUAUCAAAGGCUGUGAUUUCGGGAGGGGAGAAGAGGGAAGUAGGAGGCUCUUGCAAGCACUGAUGUUCUUCUGUAAUAGUGAUGUUUGAGGCAAAUGACUCUGUUUUGGAGAAAAUUUAAAAAGCAGUUUCCAUGAAGUACAUAAAAUUUCUACUUUUCUGCCCAAGUGUUAGCUGAGGGAUCCCAGGCCUUGAUGGAUCGUUCUGUCAUUAGCUGGGUUGGGCCUCUGCCUCAUUGUCGUUUCAUGAGGUGUAAUCACUUACUAAAAAGGAAAACAGAAUGGCCAGAGAGUGUGUAAAUAUUCUUAAUGACAGAGGAUAAUGGUGAUUUUUUUUUUUAAAUUAUAGUGUGUGUUUGUUUUCUUAUUGAGGUAGCAUUGGCUUGAGGUAA